AUGCAUAAAAUGGCGGACUAUUCAACCAACCAUAAUAAUGUCGCAAACAAGUACAAUUACGAAGGUGGAAGAACUAAAUUUUGGAUUCCUACUAUUACAAAUAAAUGUGGGACCGAUGAUCACUGGAAGUGGAGACGAAUACCAAACGGUUAUCGAGACCAGUCUGUGCAGCCAAUUCGUUUGAAGAACCUCAUCAAACGAUUACAAGAAGAGUCAAUUCAUCACAACAUAAUAAAGAAGCAAGAACAAUUGGGUAUAAUUGAAAAAGUGGAUCUGCCUCAUCAUGGUGUAUUAACUCCUAAUAAGUCAACUACAAAAAUCCCAAUUGUUUAUGACACUUCAGCACAUCUUAGAGAUUCUAAAAGCUUAAAUGAAGUCUUGUACAGAGGACCUAUUUUGCUACCGGAUCUAGUGGAUGUAUUACUGCGUUUUAGAAUGAUGGAAACAGUAAUACUGCUCGAUAUCGAAAAAGCAUUUUUACAAUAG